CUGGAAGUCAUGAAAUCUCUCUUCAACAUAAACAUAAUGAAAACUGUUAAUAAAUUGGUUGCACUAAUACCAGAUCAAGUCAUCGCUCAUGAGGGGAAUAAUGAUUCAAAAUGGGCAGUCGAUAAGAUUAAAUAUCUUUCGAAGAUAUUGAAAAAAAAGAAAUUUCUCGAUAUUUUCCUCGAAGCUCUAGUGAACCAAGAUGCUGAAUCGCAGUGCCUCCCAGUCACAAAAGAUAAGAAAGGCGACAAGUUCUCUGAGAAGGUUCUUCUACAGUACAUCAGAAUGUUUCGAUUCUCGUGGGUGAGAAGUAUGUAUGAACUGAAAAACGCGAGAACUUGUUCUCAUCAUGCUGACGGAGAUAUCAUUUGCUUAAAUGUCAUGCAUUAUGACACGAAUGAAACAGCAGAAAUUACUCUCCCUCCGGUUGUCAUUGAUAGGAGUAAGGUUUACAACAACGAUAGAACAAGUUAUUAUUCAAAUCAAGAUGACUUUGUUACACCGAAUGUCAGCAUACAAGUUGAUGAGUACCGGGAUAACUUCCUUUCUAAUAUGUCUAAUGAAAAUGCAGGCUUUUGUGAGAACUCAUUACAAUACGGUCAAAACUUAAAUCAUCAAUACACGAAUGAGCAAAGUUCCACUUUUUGUAAUCAACAGAACUUAGUUCAUUAUGACCCGCAUAAUAAUCCUUCGCAGAAUAAUAAUUUUCCAUAUCAGAAUACAUUUAACAACGAGAGAACUGCUUUCACAAAUCAGAAUUAUCAGUUUAUGCCAAAUAAUGUAAGUCAGCAAGAUGCUGUUGGCCAACCCCCUGAAACGUCUGUAGACUUCGCUAGAUAUUCAACCCAAACUUUCCCCAAGUUUAAUGAUCCACAAGCCCAUACUUCAACCUAUAAUAAUAUGAAUAGCACUCAUUAUGAUCCAAAUUAUAUUUAUAAUUCGUUCAAUGUGUCACAAAACUUCAUGCCAAAUGGACCACACACUUAUUACCAGCCAUCUAAUGUUUCCCAGCAACCGUAUUCCUCUUCAAAUCAGGAUUAUACAUAUUCGUUACCUAUUACGCAAAACUUCUCUGAGUUUGAUGAGAACGCCGAAGCCAGAGAGCGAUAUCUUUUCGAAAAAGUAUUGGAACAGAACAAAACUCAAACGCUGAGCAUAAUGAGCGAGCCUGGAAGAACAUUCAUCAAAGAGAUAAUCGAAUACACGGAGCCAGACCACUGGAUCACCUUAGUGUAUUACGAAAGAAGGAAGCAAGUAGGAGAUCCUUUUCAUUCAAAAUCAAAAUAUAUUCUCAUUGACGGUUAUACACAUCCCAAUUGUCCUGAUAGAUUUUGUCUUGGAGCUCUUGAAAAUAUAAACCGUGAUUCAUCUGUGUCAAAUACCCGCAACUAUAUUGGAAAUGGAGCACGGAUAUACCACAUGUCUGGAGAGAUUUUCAUCGAAUGUAUAUCAAGCUAUCCCAUAUUCGUUCAGUCACCCAACUGUAAUCAAAGGCACGGUUGGCAUACUGGAACAGUCUGCAAAGUACCACCUAAAUGCAGCCUAAAAUUGUUCAGCAACUUGGAGUUUGCUGCUCAGUUGAUUGAGACCAUAAAUAAAGGUUUCGAUGCCGUUUACGCUCUCAGUCGGGUAUGUACCGUAAGAGUGUCUUUUGUGAAAGGAUGGGGAGAAGAUUAUAAGCAUCCAACGAUCAACUGCACUCCUUGUUGGAUUGACAUUCAAUUGAAUGGACCAUUGCUUUGGGUCGACCGCGUGCUGCAAUCGAUGGGAUCGCCUGCUCUGAGAAGCUCUUCGAAUUCUUGA